UUAGAUUACAUUUUGUACCAGUAAUCUGUGCCAUUUAAAGGUUAUGAACUUGAUAAUAAAGUGGUUAUAUCUACACUGUUACAACUACAUUGUAACUACGUACGCUCUGUUAUUAAUAUGAACGUUCCGAUGAUAUCCGGUAAUAUAUGUUAUGAAAAUUAACGGACCGAAUCGUUGAAUUGAAAAGCCAUUACAGGCUAAAUUGUAGCACGCGAGUUACUGCAAACAAAAUGAUUCCAAAUUGAAUAUUCGCUCCUAUAGAGACGAGGAUAUAAAGGUGCUGCUGGAAAUGACCUCUGAAGAAGGAUGGAGUUUUUCUGAGAUUGAUUGUAGGGCUAGCUUAAAAGUUGACCCGGAAGGAUUGCUUGUAGCAGAAGACGAGAUAGGAAUGCCCAUUGGAUUUAUCGGGCUUUUCAAUAUGACGUCAAACAUAACGUAUGUGAAUGUUUUCAUUGUACAAAAAGAUCUGCGUGGGAAAGGAAUCGGGAAGAAAUUAUGGGAAGCCAUGCUAAAGGUCACAAAAGACAACACUUUAGUCCUUGAUGGUGUUUCACAAAUGAAAGGGUGGUAUGAAAAACGGGGUUUUUCUUUUGAAGCUCACAGUGCCAGUUCCUACCAUGGAACACUUUCAUCUCAGGAAUCUGUGACUUUACAAAACCCGUAUAACAUUGUUUCUCUCUCAGACGAUAUAUGGUCAGCACUUAUUGCGUAUGAUCAGCAAAUUUACCCAUACUCCAGAGAGCAUGUUCUACGAGCAUGGUUUUGUGGGGUCGACAGAUACACCGCUGUCGCAUUUCUCGAUGAAAGCGUUGUCGGUUAUGCGAAUCUUCAUUGGAAAUCAAAGAAAGAAUGUAACAUCCGUGUAUUAAACGCUGAUAAUGACGUCAUUGCUGAUACAUUACUUCUUAAUCUGUUGCAACAUAUUCCUCUAGGUUCAAACGUUUCCUUCAUUUUAUUGGAAGAUAAACCCAUUGCAAAGUAUUUCUCAAAUUUCAAGAUUUCGGGAACUGAACAUAAACUAUUUACAAAGGAAAUAACUGGUAUUCAAACCGACAAAAUAAUAUUUCAUACGGGUCACACAAUUUAAAAGGACAUGUAAAAGAGCUAUAUGUCAGAUAUAUAAAUUUCUGAUUUGGCAUUUUAAAAGUAAUUCAAAUUAUAGUAUCCUCUUCAGAUAUGUGUUAAUGUCAAGUAACCUUCACCGCUACAAAGCUUUACACAUAUGGAUAUAUAAUAUAGAUCGAUACAUAUUUGGUGCAUAUCGUAUCGGAAUAUACAGUGAGGUACUUACAUUUUAAUUCCAAGAUAUAGCAAAAUAUCUCUUUUAACGAGAAUGUUAUGGUUGUAAAAUACUGGACCAUUUAGGAAAUUACUCACUUAUCAAGUUGGAAAUACCUUGCUAGAAACAACCUCUACAAGUUUGAGAAAAUAGAAAAUCUUUCUUUGUCUCAACAUAUUACUGACUGUUCUCUGGAAACGACAUUUUAAUAAAAAAAAGAGAUGUAUCUUGAGGAAUUGACAUUUCACUUAUUAAUCAUUACGUCAACGAAACCCCAUGUAUUGACUAAAGCAAAAAGGAUGACCACGGGCAGUUUGGCUGUUUUAUGGUCACCUCAGUCGGUACCGUGUCGUAUUUGAAACCAAGUAUUUAGUUUUUGUAAUGCUUGUCUAAAGCAAAAGCUUAAAACACGGAACGCGUGAUUAUCAUUUAAGACAUUUUUUGUGGAUAUUUAAGAGCAAUGAAAAAGAAGUUAGGCACAGUUUACGAAUAAACAACCCUUUGGUGUAGAAUAAAAUAGAAAGAAUGUAUGGUGAUUAGAUCCAUAUAUUAACUGAAUUUUGUUUAGUAUAAAUACGUUUUAUCGGAAAUAUUUUAAAAUUUAUAUACUUAUAGAGUGAAAGGUAUAUUAUGAACAGCAUAAAUGUAUUAUUUAUUUGGAUACUUCUUUGGACACUAUGCUAAGAAUCUCUUGAGCAGGUCAGUUCCACAUUUUCUGGUCAAAAAUCAACACCUAAAGUCAAUAUUCAACAUUUUGUUUUCGCUUGAAACAACUAGGUAAUUGUCAUAAUCUACGGUUGUUUAAUGUCCAACGUCAACAAAUAGUAACAGUUUACAAAUUUUUGUUUCUUGGAGUAAAUGUAUUUGUUGUCA